GUGCUGCUGUUUCCCGUCGUUUCCCUCCUGUUCCCCUCUUAACCCCACAGUGUCAAAGAUCAGUUAGUCGAUACAGAUCAUGGGGAUUUAGCAGAAUUUAGUAUGGACGGUCAACCUUGUUACAGUGCUUACAUACAGUGGCUACAUCACCUGCCCAUUACGAUGUCUUACUAUUGAUAGUACCUGAGUACGUACUUCGUACAUGUUACAUUACACCAAAACCUGCCGUUGUGAAUGAGCAGGAAAGCAAUUCGGGAAACUACUGCCUUCUCAACUCCAUUCAUUCUUUUCCUGAAUCCAAAUCUUAGACCAAACCCAAACCUCAAUUGUGCCGGAAAAGAUUCCACAUUCAUAUUACACCAUUCGACAUAUCAUUCGACUCCAUAAUUCCGAUUGACGUUAUCGACAACCGCUGAGGGCGAUAGAUUCGGUCGCGACCUUCGUUUUCCCUUGAUUCCAACUCCGUCACUCGUUUGCAUUUGAUUUACGCCAUCUUUUCUGAUCACCAGCACAAUGGCUUCCCGUCUUUCGCGCGCCCUCCCCGUCGCGCUCUUAUUAACGGGCGAUCUGAUUGCCGCGCAAACUCUCAAAAUAGAUUCGGAUGAUGACAUUAUUUCGACGUCGAAAAUCCUCGCUCAAAAUGUCAUGAGUUACUAUCACGGAAAUGAAUCAGGACAGACGCCUGGUAUCCUUCCAGGUCCUCCUCCCGCGGGUGAUUACUACUGGUGGGAAGGUGGCGCACUUUGGGGAGCUAUGAUCGACUACUGGCAUUAUACCGGCGACACCACCUACAACGACGUGGUAACCCAAGCCAUGCUUUGGCAGGUUGGCCCGAACAAGGACUAUAUGCCUCCCAAUGUCACAGCUUCGCUGGGUAAUGAUGAUCAGGGAUUUUGGGGGAUGUCUGCUAUGCUCGCAGCCGAGGCCAACUUUCCGAACCCUCCCGCUGGUCAACCCGGAUGGCUAGCCCUAGCUCAAGCAGUCUUCAACACUCAAGCCGAUCCCGGUCGUCAUGAUAACACCUGCAACGGUGGUUUGAGAUGGCAGAUUCCCUUUUCUAACAAUGGAUACGAUUACAAGAACAGUAUCGCCAACGGAUGCUUCUUCAACCUUGGCGCACGCUUGGCACGGUAUCUAAACAACCAAACGUAUGCCGACUGGGCCGAGAAGACAUGGGAUUGGGUCCAGGGUGUCGGAUUCAUGGAUUCGGAAUACAAGAUCUACGAUGGCGCUCACGUCGAGACCAACUGUACCGAUAUCAACAAGGCCCAAUUUUCGUACAACAAUGCAGUCUACCUCUUAGGAGCUGCUUACAUGUACAAUUUUACUGAUGGCGACUCGAAAUGGGAAUCACGACUCAACAGCCUUAUCGACGCAACAAUCCGUGACUUCUUCAAAAAUGAUGUGGCUUAUGAAAUCGCAUGCGAGGAACACAUGACUUGUACGACGGACAUGUUGAGUUUCAAAGGCUACUUACACCGAUGGAUGACUACUGUGACGCAGAUUGCGCCGAUUACGUCCUCGAAGAUCCUGCCUGUCCUACAGAAGUCAGCCCAGGCUGCCGUGAACCAAUGUACCGGACCACCUGACGGAAAAACUUGCGGAUUUGGGUGGGCUAGCGGUACAUUCGACAACAGCGUCGGUGCUGGCCAGACGAUGAAUGUGCUAGGAGCAGUCUCUUCUCUGUUGGUUGCGAAAGCGAAAGCGCCGGUCACUAAUGCUACCGGCGGUACUAGCGAAGGUGACCCAAAUGCUGGAUCUGGGAGCGACUCUUUCACCAACGCUCCGGCGCCGAUAACUACGGGAGACCGGGCAGGCGCUGGAAUCCUAACCGCGCUUGUUCUUGCUUCCGCCGCCGGCACAUUCGCUUGGAUGAGUAUCGGGGCGUAAACCGACUUACGACAUCAUCAAUGCUCGCAAGUACGAGCUAAAUUUUCGUCUAAUAACAUGUAUACUUGUCGGUGGAAAAUGCGUUGCGACAUCGUACUUUAGGGAUCUCACUCCAGCAGGACAUCUGCGGCGGCGUCUAGGAUGGAAAGAAGAUAGGAUAGAGUGUAGGACUCUGGAGGCAUGAGGCGUUUGGUAUUGGCCUUGGCGAGUGUUUUCCUGUUGCGGAAUAAGGAAAUAUUGUUUUUUGUUUCGCGGCUUAAUUUUCGACACGCGACACCCCGCAGAUAGGG